AUGACUAAAGGCGUAUCCUUCAACCCAGAUAAAGAUAUUCCUGACCUCUCGGGGAAAGUGAUACUAGUCACAGGAGGGAAUACUGGACUAGGUUUUGAAGUCAUCUAUCAGCUGUCCAAGCACAAGCCCAAGCACAUAUACCUCGCAGCCAGAUCGGAAGAAAAGGCAAACGAAGCGAUCAAGACACUCCGGGAGAAGAAUCCUAAUGUGGGACCCAUUACUUUUCUUCAGCUUGACCUAGGCUCAUUUACGAGCAUCAAGGCAGCUGCAGCUUCAUUCAUAUCCAUGUCCGACAGGCUGGACAUCUUGAUAAAUAAUGCUGGUAUCAUGGCUGUACCAGAGGGUCUGACGGAGGAUGGAUAUGAGAUCCAGUUCGGGACAAACCAUGUCGGUCCUGCGCUCUUCACGACGCACCUCCUGUCAAUCCUUAAAGCAACCGCCGCUGAAUCUACCGAUGCACGAGUUGUGUUUCUCAGCUCUGAACUUGAGAAUAUGGCACCGAAGAAUUCCUAUCUCUUGGAUGGACUGAAGACUACUUUGCCCCAGUUGUCUACGUGGGCUCGUUACGGCCAGUCGAAGCUAGCCGCCGUGCACUACGCCCAGGCACUGGCAAAUCAUAACCCAGACCUCAAAGUUAUGAGUAUCCAUCCGGGAGUCAUUGCAACAAACCUCAGCGGCCCCGUGGUCAAGAAUUAUAACUUUUUGAUGGCCGCAUUGUUCAAGGUUGCCAUGAAAUUCGUUACCGUGAGCGUCGAGGAAGGGACGCUGAACCACCUGUGGGCAGCAACUAGUCCCGAUGCUAAGUCUGGUGUUUUCUACUUUCCUGUAGGUAUUCAAGGGAAAGGCUCGUCUCUAAGCAAAAACAGUAAGCUUCGUGACCAGCUGUGGGACUGGACGGAAACAGAGCUCAAAUCACAUGUUACCAUGGUCAAUUAA